AUGUUCCCUACUUCCAUAUCUUGUUUGGUGGCCCUGUCUCUGAUGAGCCAGGGUCUGCUAGCUCAGAAGCAACCGGAAAAUGUCAUCACCGAUGAUACUUACUUCUACGGUCAAUCGCCAGCGGUAGACACCGGAUCAUGGGCCGCGGCCGUAGCCAAGGCCAAGAACCUGGUGUCCCAGUUGACGCUUGAAGAGAAAGUCAACCUGACAGCAGGAGGCCAGACAAGUACCGGCUGCUCUGGCUUCAUCCCUGGCAUUCCUCGUGUAGGCUUUCCCGGACUGUGCUUGGCAGACGCUGGCAACGGUGUCCGCAACACAGAUUAUGUGAGCUCGUUUCCUUCAGGAAUUCAUGUCGGCGCAAGCUGGAACCCGGAAUUGACUUACAGCCGGAGUUACUACAUGGGUGCUGAGGCGAAGGCCAAAGGUGUCAACAUUCUUCUUGGACCCGUGUUCGGACCUUUGGGGCGAGUUGUUGAGGGAGGUCGCAAUUGGGAGGGCUUUUCCAAUGAUCCUUACCUAGCGGACUUGCCGCGUCAAUCACAGGGGCCGACGCCAUUUCAUCCAAUGUCGAUGACAAGACCCUACAUGAGCUAUACUUAUGUCCACGCCGGACUCGCCAGUGUGAUGUGCAGCUACAACAGAGCAAACAACUCACACGCCUGCCAAAACUCGAAGCUUCUCAACGGUCUCCUCAAAGGUGAACUGGGCUUCCAGGGUUUUGUCGUUUCAGACUGGGGUGCACAACAGUCCGGUAUGGCUUCAGCAUUAGCUGGCCUGGACGUUGCGAUGCCUAGCUCGAUCCUGUGGGGUGCCAACCUUACCAUUGGUGUGAACAACGGAACUGUUCCUGAGUCACAGGUCGACAAUAUGGUUACAAGGAUUCUGGCGACAUGGUAUCAGUUGAAUCAGGACCAAGAUACUGAAGCCCCCGGUCACGGACUAGCUGCCAAUCUUUGGGACCCCCAUCCGGUAGUCGAUGCUCGGAAUGCAAGCUCUAAGCCUACUCUCUGGGAUGGUGCUGUUGAAGGCCAUGUUCUUGUCAAGAACACCGACAAUGCACUGCCAUUCAAGUCCAGCAUGAAACUCGUCUCUUUGUUCGGAUAUUCUCACAAGGCCCCAGACAAGAACACCCCAGAGCCCGCCCAAGCCAUGUUCUCCCCUUGGUCCGUCGGUGUCCAAUCCGCCAACCUCACUGAGCUGAACACCGGUUUUCUUGGAAACCUGAGCCUCACAUACUCCGCCAUUGCGCCCAACGGAACACUCAUUUCUGGUGGAGGUUCUGGUGCUAACGGAUGGAGUUCGUUCAGCUCGCCUUUCGAUGCUUUCGUUACCCGCGCAAGGAAAGAUGGCACUGCUCUUUUCUGGGAUUUUGAGAGCUGGGAUCCUUCUGUGAACCCUACUUCCGAAGCCUGCAUUGUUGCUGGUAAUGCAUGGGCCAGCGAGGGCUGGGACAGACCUGCUACUUAUGAUGCGUAUACUGAUGAGCUCAUCAACAACGUCGCCGACAAGUGCGCCAACACUAUUGUGGUUCUUCAUAACGCUGGAACGCGUCUGGUGGACGGCUUCUUUAGCCACCCCAACGUCACUGCUAUUAUCUACGCUCAUCUUCCGGGUCAGGAUAGUGGAGCUGCUCUUGUUUCAUUGCUUUAUGGCGAUGAGAACCCAUCAGGUCGUCUCCCGUACACUGUUGCCCGCAACGAGACGGACUAUGGUCACCUGCUGAAGCCAGACUUGACUCUCGCCCCCAACCAGUUCCAACACUUCCCCCAGUCCGACUUCUCUGAGGGUGUCUUCAUUGACUACCGACAUUUCGAUGCCAAGAACAUCACUCCUCGCUUCGAGUUUGGUUUCGGCUUGAGCUACACAACCUUCGAGUACGCUGAUCUCCAAGUCUCAAACUCCCAGGCCCAGACUCAGGAUUACCCAGCUGGUGCCCUCACCGAGGGAGGCCGUUCAGAUCUGUGGGAUGUGGUUGCUACUGUGACAGCAAAUGUCAGCAAUACUGGAUCUAUUGACGGCAAGGAGGUUGCACAGCUGUACGUUGGUGUUCCCGGUGAUGGUCCUGUGAGACAGCUGCGUGGCUUUACGAAGCCAGCUAUCAAGGCUGGAGAGACGGCUACAGUGACCUUUGAGCUCACCCGUCGGGACUUGAGUGUCUGGGAUGUUAGUGCGCAGGAGUGGCAACUUCAGCAGGGUGACUAUGCUAUCUUUGUCGGGCGAAGUAGUCGAGAUCUACCUCUACAAGGUAUCCUGAGUAUUUAG